CCUAAUUCUUCUUGGCACUGAAUACAUUUCGUGAAGAGUAGAAGAAAUAAAAUGGUGAUAUUUGCUCGUCAAUCAGCCAAAGUUCUAAGAUUGUGUUCUUUGUCGGCUACUUCUCGAUUCUCCUCUCGCAUCUUCUUCAACUCCAAGAAUGGAUUUACUUGGCGUAGGUCUCUCAGCAAUGCUGCUUCAUCUACGGGCGUAGCUUCGGAAUAUGAAUAUGAUGAUGAUCAUACUACAGACGAUUCCAGGGUGACUGAGAAACAAACUGCCCUACGUAUGGCACUGUCAAAUAUUGCGGCAGACUUUGGUAAAGAAUCAAUGCUGUCGUUGCAGCGAUUUUUUGGCGCUAGACGUGCCCCCGUGAUUUCCACAGGAUCAUUGAAACUGGAUCAGGCUCUUGGUAUUGGUGGACUGCCUAAGGGACGGAUGGUGGAAAUUUAUGGGCUAGAAGCAUCGGGGAAGACAACACUUGCAUUGCAUGUUAUUAGAGAAGCUCAGAAGCUCGGAGGUUACUGUGCUUACCUUGAUGCGGAGCAUGCACUAAACCCUUCAGUUGCAGAAUCAAUUGGUGUAAACACAGAUAAUCUCCUUCUUUCACAACCAGACUGUGCUGAAAAUUUACUGAGUGUGGUGGAUACACUGACAAAAAGUGGAUCAAUUUCUGUAAUUGUUGUUGACAGUGUGGCUGCACUUAUUCCUCAAUGUGAAGUUGAUGCUCCGGCAUGCAGUCCCUCAAAAGACCAACACGCUAAAAUAAUGACACAAGCGCUAAGAAAAAUCCAUUAUUCUCUAUGCAAUUCCAGUACUCUUGUCAUUUUCAUUAACCAGGUUAGACAUAAGAAGAAAGAAGUAAAAGGUACAGCAUGGGAAGAAGUAACGACUGGUGGUAAUGCCUUGAAAUUUUAUGCAGCUAUCCGAAUGAGAAUUAGUAGAAGGAAAUUGCUCAAGGCAGGGGAUGAGGCUACCGGUCUUGGGAUAUUUGUGCAAGUUGUUAAAAAUAAGCUUGCACCUGCAAUGACUAAAGCUGAGUUGAACAUAAAGUUUGGGAAGGGAAUAUGCCGUGAAUCAGAGGCCUUGGACUUGGCCUGUGAACAUGGUCUCAUAGCCACUGAUGGAAGCAGUUACAUCAUAAAAGAUAAAAUCUGGCACAGUAGAGAUGAAGUUUUAGAGUAUUUGGCAGCAGAUGAUGAAGCAUUGGAUGAUGUAAUCAGAACCCUAAGAUGCCAUUUAUUUGAAAGGAGUUCUAAAGGAUAUCAUUGAUUGCAUGACAAGA